AUGAUAUUCCCAUUUACAGCACGAACGAACUUCCGACGACUCAGUUUUGAUGAAGUAUACGGGAGUAACAAUGGGGGUGGAAAUGGUGGCUCUGGCGGCUAUGGUGGUUAUGGUCACAGUGGUGGGAGUUAUAACGGUUACGGAUCAGGGAAUGGUGGCGGUUCCGGUUACGGUUACGGAUCAGGGAAUGGUGGUGGUUCCGGCUAUGGUUACGGACAAGGAAAUGGUGGCGGUCGAGGUAGAAACGGUUAUGCUAGUGACGGAUACGGAUAUACAGGUGGAAAUGAAUACGGAUCAAGUUAUGGAUAUGGACCAUCUGAUAACUUAGGUUCAAAUGGUGGGUAUGGUUCUUCCAGUAAUGGCAAAGAUGGGUAUGGUGGUGAGAAUUAUGGCAAUACAGACAGUUAUGGCGGAGAUAGCUAUCAUGGCUAUGGUGGUGAUACCUAUGGUGCUGGAAAUAAUUAUGGCGGAGUUAGCUAUAGCUAUGGUGGUGGUAUUUCUGUCAGUAAAGGUAGUAAUGGCGGAGAUAGUUAUGGCUAUGGUGGUUAUAAUAACGGCGGAGUUAGCUAUGGUGGUGGUAUUUCUGUCAGUAGAGGUAGUAAUGGUGGAGAUAGUUAUGGCUAUGGUGGUUAUAAUAACGGCGGAGUAAGCUAUGGUAAUGCUGGUGGUAAUUCUGGCAGUAAAGGUAAUAAUGGCGGAGAUAGUUAUAGCUAUGGUAGUAAUGAUAACGGCGGAGUUAGCUACAGCUAUGGUGGUGGCAAUAAUGACAAUAAAGGCAGUAAUGGCGGAAGAAGUUAUAUUGUCAUGUCCGAUGGUAAUAACUAUGGCGCUGGAGGUAAUAAUGGCAGAGUCAGCUAUGGUUAUGGUGGUGGUGAUAAUGGCAAUAAAGGCAGCAAUAGCGGAAGUAGUUAUAUUGUCAUUCGCGGUGGUAAUAACUAUGGCGCUGGAGGUAAUAAUGGAUACAGUUACGAAGAAUCCAAAAGAAGAGCAGGAGGAGGAGGAGGAGCUGGUGGCGGCGGUAGUCAACAGAAUUAUGGCUAUGGAUACCAAGAAUCUUCUAGUGGCAAAGGAAGUUCUAGCUACAGCAGUCCUGUUUACAUGACUCAACAAUCACAUCAAGGAAGCAGAAGAAACGGUAGAAGUAAUAGUAUGAAAGGAGGGUAA